GAAGGCGACGACCUUCCUCUCGGCUACGUAGCGGGCGAGCUGGUCCUUGCCGGCAUCGUUGAGAGAGCUUAGCUGGAUGCCGCGGAUUUCGGAUCCGAUGGUGGGUGUCAGGUCGACGAUCUUAGCGCUCUCUGGGAGAAGGUCGGGGUAUGUGGUGUCGGCGUCUUUGCCGUGCUCGUAGUGCUCAAAGGGCUUUAGGGGCUCGUACUUUUGCUCGGGGUUCCAUGUUGGCAAGUAGUUGGGGUACUAUAGAAGAAGAAUCAGCAUCGACUUGGGUUAGAGGCUUAAAAUACCUAGCUCUGGUUUACCUUCGCGGCCUUGAGUCCCUUCUUACCCUCCUCGGCCUCCUUAUCGUACUUGAAGGGAGCGAUCUCCUUAUACGCACCGAAGAAUCGAGUCGUCUUCAGAUGCUGCGGCAGAGCCGGAGUCUCGGUAACGGUGGAAGUAGCAGAGGGAGCCAUAGUUGCGAAUUGGAUUAUGUAUCUAACUUUAGAUUUCUCUAUCUACAUAUAACUGCUAAGAAACCAGAGCAGAUCGAUCAGCUCUUAGGUACAGCUACCUUAAGUAAAUAUACUCGACCGCACCGGGCUGGAACUGAUGUGCUCGCAAGGACUGUAUCACGCAACCUAUCUACCGUUCCAAUAGGAAGUCUUAUAUCCUCAUGUAUCCCAUAGCGUCUCCAUCCCACGGUUGCCCACACCCUCCCUCAUCUCGACUUAUCAGAUUCCGAUCGGAGCUUUAGACGGUUCUGUCUGGCUGGGGGAGUUCGACCCCGCGCUCGCGGGACGCGCAUGA